AAAGUAACGAAAAAACUGUCAUAGCUUGUGCUACGAUAUAAAACCAAAAAGCUCGGAGACUCAAGUCCUUAUCUCCAUAUUUAUAUAUAUUAACUCACUUAAAAAAUUACUAUUGAAAUGGAAGAAAGUGUUAUUUCUCAUCGUGAGGAGAGGAAGAAACGUAUUUCAUUUAAUGUGAGUGGAGAAAUCUAUGAAACGCACGAGAACACACUGCAAAGAUAUCCCCAAACACUUCUUGGUAAUGUAUCAAAAAGGAGAAAUUUCUUUUGUUCCAAAACAAACCAAUAUUUUUUUAAUCGCCAUAAACUUUCUUUUGAAGCUAUUUUGUUCUUUUAUCAAUCAACAGGGAAAUUAUACCGACCGCCGGACGUUAGUUGGCGAUUAUUUGAAGCUGAGUGUAAGUUUUUUGAACUUCCCGAAGUUUCCAUCACAGCGAUGAAAGAAAGGGACGGUAUAUAUUGUAUUAAAAACCCAAAGAAACUUUUCCAAUCAACAAACAUACAUCCCCUUAGAAUAAACUUAUGGGACUUUUUGGAGAAUCCAGAAACAUCUAUCUUUGCCCGAAAUUUUGUCUUUCUGUCUUCGCUGAUUGUGUUAAUGUCUGUCGUGUUUGAUAUUAUUGAAACAACAGGCUUAGGAAGAAACAACAAAUCGCUUUGCUAUGUCAUCGAGCUCUUCUCAAAUUCAUUUUUUGGUACUGAACUACUACUCAAAAUAAUAUCCUCGCCUAACCGUUCGGAACUAUUAACACAAUUUCUCACCUGGAUUGACAUAGUUAUAAUUGUACCCUACUUUUUAUUACUCGCCUUAGUUGGUUCAGAUCUCGAAUCUCUGGAGUUCUUGCAUGUUUUAAGAAUUUUUCGAGUUUUUCGCAUCCUUCGCGUAUUCCGGUUAACACAGUAUUUUGGACAGGUAAACUCGGCUGCUCUCAUUCUGAAAGACAGUCUCAAAGAUUUACAAUUAUUCUGUCUUACUUUAUUCAUCAUUAUUACGUUCGGUGCAGCUGUAAUGUACCAUAUUGAGAGUAGUAUUCCUGACACAGAGUUUAAAAGCGUCCUUCAUUGUAUGUGGUGGGCCAUUCAGACAUUCCUGCCUGUUGGAUACGGAGAUAUAGUGCCCCAGUCUUCUACUGGGAAAUUUUUUUCGUGCAUGUACAUGAUAUUCGGUGUUACGUCAGUCUCGUUACCAGUUCUCUCACUUACCAUGAAAUUUGUGGCGUUUUACUCAUUUCAUGAUCAAAAGUAG